AAUAAUUUCAGCUCAUCAUUGAUUCAAAAUGUGGAUGUUUUGAUUUCUUAAACCUCCCUAGCAAGGUUACUGUGUUUUAUAUUCAAUUUCAAUCAAUAUUUUGAAAAGGUUUUUCAGAAUAUCCCACCAGAAAUUCUGAUUCGUAUAUUAAUGACGUACCUUCCGUCUGAGACACUCUGUUAAAGGAAGAUUAUCCACCACUCUUCUGACACUUUUACCCAUGCUGUGUUGCACAUGGAUUUUAACUAAUGGAAUCCAAAGCCAUUGGUUUGAGCUUCUUUCGUCACAGAAUCAAGGCUCACACUUGGGAAUAAGAGGUGAUGGUAUUAAAUGUCAGUUAUCUUCAAGUUAGAUACUUCAGAUCCUGAGCAAUAAUGGGGUUUGAAAUAUUCUAUCGCAACCUGAAUUUUGGAUUUUGGAUUUAACUGCAUUGUCUGGACAAUCAAAGGAAUUUAAGUAUUUGCAUUUCUUAUGAUAUUAGGCAUGAUAUUUUCGUUGAUGUGCUAUUUUAUUACAUUGACAUUAUUUUUACUAAAGUCUAACAAGCUUGAUGUUUCCUUUCCAUGUGUAUAUUUAUGGAAACUGAAGUUUACUGGAGAGUUCUCUGUUGUCAUUUGAAAAUGAUCUUUCGACACUUGUUUGCAAAUCCUUCCAUCAGUGUGUUUGUCUCUACCUGAAAUAGUUAGUUGCAGAUUUGGCAAAUUUGUCUUUGUCCGUCCCAUACACUUCCUCAUUCUUAUGUCACUUAUGAUGCAAGAUUGUAAUUAAUAUCCAACGUUUUGACAACAAGUGCCUUCAUCCAGUUUGUUUGAUAAAUAUUCACUAAUAGUCAUUGUCACUGUCCAUGGUGCUGGACAAUCUACCAGCGAAACGAGCAUUCAUUUAUUUAUUCUUUUCUGUUGACAACGUCUUUAAUUUAGAUCUUAUUUUUAAAAACAACACUCACAUCUAAACGUUGACCACUUCUUCGACGAUUAUUCAACAAUGCCUGAAGAUUUAUUGAGAAAUGUGAGGACAAUGUAAAUUAAACGCUCCUCCAUUGUAAAUUAAGAUGAUUUCUUGUUUGUAAGACAGUGUUUUUGUGCCCACUGUUGCACUACAGCAAACUGGACUCUGAGCGCCGCUAUUGGUUCAUGUAUGAACUACAGUCCAAUUCAGCGCAUCCGUCCUCCCUUUUAAUUCCUCUUCUCCCUCACUGCUGAGAAAGACGGCGAUGUGACGGGUCUUUAUUGUACAGCUCCGUGUUUUCAAGCACGCAGUGGUUCCUACUUUUCUUUCCUCAGUGUAAAUUCGAUGUUAUGGAGCGGAUUACGAGCGCCAGCAUUGUUGGAUCUAUGAUGUGGAUGACGGCUCUCAGAGGACGAUGGAGAGUCCUGGUUUUCAUUCUUUGUCUCGCGGAGCUGCGCUCGGUGACUGGACAGGCUCGCUACUCAAUUCCAGAGGAGCAGGCCGAGGGAUCUGUGGUUGGAAAUAUUGCGAAAGAUCUGGGUUUGGAUGUGACGAGGCUCGUGUCAGGUAAAGCUCGGAUUAUGAUGAAGGGAGGCCGACAGUAUGUAGAUUUAAACCGAGACAAAGGCACGCUUGUUAUUAAAGAGCGAGUCGACCGAGAAGAGCUUUGUGGAAAGACGACGCCCUGCAGCUUCAGCUUCGAUGUGAUUUUAGAAAACCCCAUCCAGCUUUAUCGAGUCACGGUGGAGAUUGUUGACAUUAAUGACAACAGUCCGUUGUUUCCAAAACAUGAAAUGAAAUUAGACAUUAUUGAAAGUGUUGUAACAGGGACACGAUUCUCUUUAACCACUGCUGAUGACCCGGAUGUAAGUGUGAAUGAUAUCCAAAAAUACACUCUUAAACCAACUGACAACUUUGAAUUGGAGAUUAAAAAUCAACAGGACGGAGAAAGGUCCAUUGAAAUGGUCCUUCAGAAGCCGUUAGACCGGGAGAAAGAGGAGAGUCACACGCUGGUGCUGGUCGCUUCAGACGGUGGUGAGCCACACAGAUCAGGGACGGUGCGGAUUCACAUCACUGUAUUAGAUGCUAAUGAUAAUGCACCAGUGUGCAGCCAGAGUGUUUAUAAAGCAGAUGUGAGAGAAAACUCUCCAGCAGGGACGCUGGUGACUACUGUUCACGCUCAUGACGCAGAUUCAGGACUGUAUGGUGACGUCACGUAUCAUCUUCCUCAUGUAACAAAAGGAGAAAAUCAGUUAUUUGACUUAAAUUUAAAAUCGGGUGAAAUCAGAGUGAAGAGUAAACUGGAUUAUGAACAAUCAAAAAUAUACCAACUAAAGGUACAGGCUCGUGAUCAUGGAGGACUUGCUGAUACAUGUAAAGUUGUUAUUCAGAUAAUAGAUGAGAAUGAUAACGUCCCUGCAAUACAGAUGAUGUCACUGUCAAACACCAUUCCAGAAGAUUCUCCUCCUGGAACAACUGUAGCUGUUUUUAAUGUUGAUGACGAAGACUCUGAUCUAAAUGGAAUAGUCAAAUGUUCCCUCAACUCAGACGUACCUUUUAAAAUCGAGUCAUCAUUAUCAGGUUAUUACACCAUCGUGACUGAAGACUUCUUAGACAGAGAAAGUAUUUCUGAGUAUAAUCUGACCAUCACCGUCUCUGACCAAGGCUCUCCACCUCUGUCUAGCCACAAACACAUCAAUGUUAAAGUGUCAGACGUCAACGACUGUCCUCCUAAAUUUGAUCAGUCCCAGUACAGUAAGAUGGUACCAGAGAACAACUCUCCAGGGUUCUCUGUGUUCACUCUCAGUGCUAGUGACGCAGACUGGGGCCAGAACUCUCGAGUCUCCUAUUUCUUAGAGGAGAAAGAGGUGAAUGGUGUAGCAGUGUCUUCACUGGUGUCAGUCAACUCAGAGAGCGGUGUUGUUCAGGCAGCGAGGUCCUUUGACUACGAGCAGAUCAAGUGGUUUGAAUUCAACAUCACAGCUCGAGAUGCUGGAUCUCCUCUUCUGAGCUCUGUGGCCACAGUGAAAAUCCUGAUCCAGGACCAGAACGACAACCCUCCUCAGGUUCUGUAUCCGGUCCAGACUGGUGGCUCUCUGGUGGCUGAGAUGGUGCCUCGCUCAGCAGACGUGGGCUAUCUGGUCACUAAAGUGGUGGCUGUUGAUGUGGACUCUGGACAGAACGCCUGGCUCUCCUAUAAACUGCAGAGAGCCACAGACAGGCCGCUGUUUGAAGUGGGCUUACAGAAUGGAGAGAUCAGAACCAUCCGACAAGUCACCGAUAAAGAUGCUGUGAAACAAAGACUGAGCGUUACAGUGGAGGACAACGGACAGCCCUCUCGUUCAGCUACAGUCAUUGUGAACGUGGCGGUGGCCGACAGCUUCCCAGAAGUCAUGUCAGAGUUCACUGACUUUACACAGGACAAGGAGUACAACGACAACCUGACUUUUUACUUAGUGUUGGCUUUGGCUGUAGUUUCCUUCCUCUUCAUCACGUGUCUAGUGGUGAUUAUCUCAGUCAAGAUCUACAGAUGGAGACAGUCUCGCGUCCUGUAUCACUCCAAUCUCCCUGUGAUUCCAUAUUAUCCACCACGUUACUCAGACACUCUGGGGACAGGGACUCUCCAGCAUGUGUACAACUACGAGGUGUGCAGGACCACUGACUCCAGAAAGAGUGACUGUAAGUUCGGCAGAGCCGGUAGUCAGAACGUCCUGAUCAUGGACCCCAGUUCUACAGGGACGAUGCAGCGCAUGCAGAGUGAAAAGAGCAUCCUGGAUGAACCAGACUCUCCUCUGGAGGUGAGUUCAUCAUGAUUUUAGUUAGAUUUAUUUGCUCUAUACCAUUCAUCAGCAUCACUGUCAUGUUUAGCAUAAUGGAAUUAGCUUCUCCCAUUUAUUCUUUCAUUUUUGCGAUCAUCGCUCUUAAACAGGUUUAAAAUCGUCAACUUGCAGAAGUUAAGACGCCUAGCAUUCAAAAUAUAUUUGUGAUCUUUCUGUCAAGCAAUGAUCUGAUGGCAUCAAUGGAUUAUCUGUGUAGCUUUAACGAUGACAUUUUUAGCAUGUUAGUUUUAUAUAGUUGUGUGUCCUGUAUAAAGUGGGUUUGGGAUUCCAGGCCGAAUUGUGGGGGUAUAAAUUAUGUAUUCAUUAUGUAUGAAGUUGUUUUCAAAAUGGACAAAGACACAGUGGUGGAACACUGUCAAGUUUCUAGAACUAAUCGUCCUUCAAUGCCCCAGAUGAUGUUUGUUGUUGCUGUGGCUGUUUUGCACUGAACAAUCAAUGAUUGUCGCUAAGGUUUUGCUUGUGUGCAUGAACUGCGACUUAUGGCUGAACUCUGAAUUCUACAUUGACUUAUGUUGUGUAGUUUCUUUUUUCUAUUUCAUCAACUGACAUCUUUUUUGGAAUUUAUGUUCAGAAAAAAU